AUGAUACUUUCGUAUACCUUUGCCUUUCUAAUACUCUCGGCUAACAUCAAUAUUUUAGCUUUAGCUACGAAUAGAGCUGUUCAUAGUGAAUCACUGGAUCUUGGCAUUUCAACAUCUUCGAAUCAAAUUUUCAAGAACUACGAUAAAGGAUCGACAUUGACUAGCAAUAAACAGGCAACUCCUGGAGGUUUAACCGCAUUUCAUAAUACGCGUGCAUUCGACGAAAUACCGUUUUAUGAAACCCAAGUCAGAGAUUUCCUUGCUCCGCUAUAUCAUGACUUCGAGAAUGAUGAUAAAGAACUUCCUAAAGCUUAUCAGUCUUGUCCGAAUUACAUAUCGUUGCUGAGGUUACUUUCUGCAUCUAAGAAGAGAUUGACAGUUCAGGAACAAUAUGUGAAAACUUUAGAAUCCCAAUUGAGCAAUCUCCUCCGUCAGAAACAGCAAUUACAAUUUAAGCAAAGGAAAUGCCACAGUCUAAGAUUGUUUGUAAAUCAAAGAUUCUGUCAAGCACUUAGAAAUAAGAAACAACGCAACACGAAGGCUAUCCGCAUUUGUAAUAAAGUAAUGAAAAGUGAAAAGCAACGAAUGCGUAAUUUUCGUAAACAAUUCGAAAGAACUAGAUCAAGACUUUGGCGAUGCACUAACCCAUGGUAGUACUCGAAAAGUGGUAUCUUACAGUAUCUGCGAAUAUUUUGGUACUGUACAGUCCGUGUAAUCGUAGCGAUUUACAUUGCAAUCAACUUAUUUUUAUGAAAGUGAUGGUGAUAUUUGAACAUUAAAGAACUUGAAGUAAUAAAUAACUGUUUACUUGAA